GAAAAAGAUAGGUUGUAAAUGUAAUAAUCCUGUUUUAGUCCAAAAAAAAAAAAUGUAAUAAUCCUGUUUUCUGGAGCAGGUGAAAAUGGUGAUAGUGGAAAUUAAGAAUGACUAAAACUUGAAUUGUCUCUAAAUUAGUUACAAAAUUUGCUAAGUCAAUCUCAAUCCUAAUUGCAUGAUUUAUUUAAGAAAAUCAAAAUAAAACUUAAAGACGAGUCAAAUAUGCAACAAUUAGAAAAGUUGAAUAUUGACCCUAACGCAACGCAGCCGUGUUUCCAGAAGUAAGCAACUGUUUCAAUUAAACUGCUGUUUGUUUCCAUCAUACACACGCCUACGUUUCUUUACUUCAACUCUCUUUCUUUCUUUCAUUUCCUUUCUUUUCUUCUCUUCUAAAUUCUAAUAACUUCAACCCUUCAUCUCUCAUUAAUUCUUAUUACUCCGUUUGAUUAUUGCUUUCACAUCCACCGUUCAACUUCAAACAAGGUAUAGGUAUUGAGAAAAGUAUGAGUGAAAACCUAAGGAUUGAAAGUGGGAGAAGUUCCAGCUCAAGUUUGAGCUGCAGCAGCUUUCAUGAUCAUGAUACAGAGGAUGAUCAAACCAUUGCAACUAUGUUGGCAGAAGACGAAACUCUCCACGCCGGUAGCAGGCAGCUUGGGAAGCGACUUUCUCACUUAGAUUCCAUUCCACACGCACCCCGUAUUAAUGGAGAGAUUCCUGAUGUCAAUGACGCAACACUAGACCAUGAGACGCUAUCAGAAAGGUUGGUUACAUAUGGCUUAUCAGAACUACAGAUGGAGGGUGAUGGGAAUUGCCAGUUCCGAGCUAUAGCUGAUCAGUUGUUCCACAAACCUGAUUACCACAAGCAUGUAAGGAGGCAGGUUAUUAAGCAACUAAAGCAUCACAAAAAGUUGUAUGAAUCUUAUGUACCAAUGGAGUACAAAACCUACAUAAAGCAAAUGAAAAGAUCGGGAGAGUGGGGAGAUCAUGUUACUCUACAAGCAGCGGCAGACCGUUUUGAUGCCAAAAUUUGCUUGGUGACCUCAUUCAGAGACUCUUGCUAUAUUGAGAUCCUCCCGACAAACAAAAGACCGACAAGAGAGCUAUGGCUAAGCUUUUGGAGUGAAGUACACUAUAACUCCUUGUACACGAGCGGAGAUGUUCCUACUAGACUACCAAAGAAAAAGUAUUGGCUCUUCUAGACAGAUGGAAGAUUAUGAAAUCACGCGAAGAACUGAGCUUAAAAUCGGUAUUCAAAAAAGAAAAGAAAAAAUAGUAGUCCCCCUCCCUUCUGGGGAAUACAGAUUAUGUAUAAUAUUUAGCUAAUUAUUGUAUUUGUACAUAUUACAUUAUGUAAGCAUAGCUAAACUUGGAUAUAUUUAUCUAAACUUUCAUUGUACAGUCUAAUUUAAUUUCCUGACUAGUAGAGUGCAAAAUUUAUUUCUUUUGCCUCUGGUUUUAAUAGUAACAUUUUUUUUAAAAGAAAUUUGAUGAGCAAAUAUGAGUGUGAAAGAGAAAUUUUGCUCCUAAGUAAUGUAUUUAUUUUUGGUAGAA